CCUCUGUGUACAUGCGCAGUACGUACGCGUCGAGCUCGGCUCUAGGCUAGGGCGGCCUGUGAGGCUGGCGAUGGAUUUUGUCGAGGCGCGGAGCGCGGUGCUGGCUGUGCUAAGGGACGUGCGCGCAGGCGACCGGUCCCGCCUGCUGCACUGGAUGCGAACGACCAAUAACUUUGAUGAAUUCAUGUUGAGUAAUAAUGAUGUUGUGCUCAGAAGUAUUGCUGAAGAUCUUCGGAAUUGCUUACCCAUUGAGGCAAUGCUUAGCUCGGAACAUCUAGCAAUUCAAAAAAUACUUGAGCAGCCAGAGCCAACAGUUCAUGUUGAUGCAUUCCUUUAUGAUGAUGACAUUAUUGAUUCAUUGUGUGAGAAGGGGAAAAUGAGUAGAAACUACUGUGUAGUGUGUGGCUCACACAAGACUGCACCUUUAGAAUUUAUUUCUCAUUCCUUUUCCCUCAUGGAACUGAAGUUUCUUUAUCAGUAUGCAUUGCCUGACCUGACAGGAAAGAUUCUGGUUGACGUUGGCUCCAGGCUUGGUGCAGUGCUGUUUGGGGGCUAUCUUUACAGCUCAGCAUCCCAGCUAUAUGGAGUGGAAAUGAAUGCAGACUUUUGCCAGCUGCAAGAAAUGAUAAUCACAAAAUACCAAUUUACAGACAGAGUACAGGUGCUUCAUUCGGACAUCUGUACUCAGGCUUCACUCCUUCAAAAUGCUGAUGUUGUUGUAAUGAAUAAUGUCUUUGAAUAUUUUCUCGACAGACUGGAACAGGCCAGAGCCUGGGAAUUUAUCAGUCAUAAUAUGAGGAAAAAAGGGUCAUUAUUAGUGACAGUCCCAAGCCUUGAGGAAUCUAUCUCAAACCUACAGACCGAUAUACUGCUCAACCAGUGGGUAGAAGAGAUGAAGUUGGACUAUGAUGUAUAUAUGGAAAAGGAUAUUGAUAGAGAAGCACUUGAACAAAUUCAUUUGUACAAGAUUCUCUAGCAUACAGACUGAUUUAUUGAUAACAGUAUAAAAUCAUUGACUUCAGAGGGAGCUGUAUGAAAGGACUGUAGGAUUAAGCCCUAUUUCCAAAAUAAAUCGUGAAAAAUCUUACUAUUUAUUUUAGAAAUUAUACAUAUGCUCACUAAUGAAACAGGAGCUUUUGAAAACAUAUUUUGAGAUGUCAAAUUUCUUGCAUUAAAGUUCUCAGUGUGUCAUAACAGUACAAUAAAUUUUACCACUAGG